AUGAACGCGCUUACGCUCGCGGAUUGCUUCAAGACUUCCAAGCUUCACAUCACAGUCAAGACCUGCGCUGCCCCCUUUUUCUGCUUCCGGAUUUUUUCCCCGACAAAAAUGAACACACCACAGCAGUCACGUGAUACGGCACGUGGUCAGUCCCUUGGGCAGUCUCCGACCCACGUCUCAGGACAGCCACAACGCAUUGUCCGGAUCCCUUUCCCGCCUCGCGUCCCACCGAUGCGUCGCGCACAGACCAACAACACCACCACGCGCCGACCAUCAGCCACCGCCCCACCUCAUCAUCCUCCAGCCACUGCCCCACUUGCUGCCCCAGCCACCAGCUCCCAAACCCAAGCCCAAGCACCCUCCCCGCCCCCUCUUGCAAGCCAAGCGUCAUUGCGAAGUUCGCCAAGGGUGAACACUAUCACCAGCCAACCCUGGUCACUGGAAAGUUCGCAAGUUGCGAUACUUGCCAGCCUUGACCAGCUUCUGCAGGAGUACAAGAGUGGGCAGGCCACUCAAGCCAGUAUUCUCCAUGAGCUUCAGAGGAUGAAUGGCUCAAAUGACUCUCAGAUUCGGGACAACCAGCUAGAGAUCCUUGCUGCUGUGCGAGCUCUGAAGCCAUCAGCAGACGAUGAACGUGCCAAUCUGGCAACCACCGGAAUCAUGAGCGCCGUUGGGGUUCUUGCCCUUGACUUUACCGCCAUGUUCUCGAGGCCCGAAGGCUCGAAAACUCUCGCUCUUCUCCGACUCAGUGCGUCGUUUGGGCUCUGUGCUGUUGGCCUUAGUGCCUGGAUUUUCUUCUCUGGUACUAAGGAGGUUGGGCGAGCUGCCCAAGCCAAAGACCGCUAG